AUGGAGCCGUCAAAGGCAAGUGCAUAUUCAAGACACGACCAGAACCGGAUUCAAUGCGCUGAUGCAAAAUCUUUGUUCAGAUAUCCGGGAUCCUUGCUGUUAAACCUGGGAGCCUUUUUUCUGCCCGCCCUCUAUGGCACCCUCAGUAAGCUGUGGGUUGCUAAUAUUGACUCGAGCCAGGUGGUGUUGACAGAUGUUUACACGUACAUUGGUAUCGUCGCUGAAGUUCUCAACGAUGCAUUUCCACGCUCUGCUUGGAAUGUGAUUGGAGACAAAAGCACAAGAUCGGUCCGCUCACGCUUGAAUCUGGCUUACACAUUGAUGAUAGCCACCGCGACUCAAGGAUUUACUCUGAUGGUCAUAUUUCUCGGCUAUCCCCAAGGUCUGGCAUCGGCCUUUGUUCCCGAGGAGGUUCGGGGAAUCUCCCUCACAUAUGUGCGACUGUCUUCGGUUCAGUUCUUGACCUCCGCAACAGAAGCUGCUCUGUCGUCGUCAACUCGAGCUCUUGAUAAUCCCGAUGUCCCGUUGAUCUUCAGCUCUGCCAAGUUCAUCAUCAACAUUGUGCUAGACUUGCUGAUUAUUUCCAAGUUUCAUGUCACAGAAGCAAAGCCAACAAUCGUCUCUCAAGCUGUCGUGAGACUUGUCUGCGAUGUCGUCUCUGUUCUGACUGGACUACUGUAUUUUUCUCUUGUGGUUGUACGUAAAGUGCAGAAAGAACCAGAUGAAAGACAGCACCUGAGCAUCGGCCUCUCGGCCUUUAUGACUCUCCUCAAACCUAGCGUUUACACUUUCACAGAGUCUGCAAUCAGAAACGCAAUUUACCUUUGGCUAGUGAAUCGAAUUGUCCAAAUGGGGGAAACAUAUGCAACAGCUUGGGGUGUUUUCAAUACAAUUCGCUGGGGCUUGGUCAUGGUUCCAGUACAAGCACUCGAGUCAUCGACCCUUGCAUUUGUGGGUCAUGCGUGGGGAGCCUUUCGUGCAUCAUCAGAUACGACUCAUCCUAGAGCCUCCCGCAAAGAGAUAUUGACGUUGUUAUCAUGCGCGAUUGUCAUAGUGUUUGAAGCCGUCAUUUGUAUCGCACUCUCAAUACGGGGCAUAGAUGGGUUUGCUUAUUAUCUCUCAAACUCGAGGGAUGUGGCUAAAAUUACGCAAAAGAUGUGGAGGGUGAGUCUUUACUUUGCUGGCCUACCAGAACCAAGUGUUAACAUCUCCCCGCAGGCCAUAGAUUGGACCUACAUAUUAUACGGGCUGAACUACCAGCUUGCAGCAGUUCUACUUGCCGCUUCACCCCGUUGGUAUCUGUACCAAGCCCUGGGGUCGAACUUCCUAUGGAUGCUCCCGUGGGCGAUUGUGAUGACCAAAGAGUCGCUGCCAAAUUCUCAAGCCUGGUCCUACUAUGCCAUUAUUUUUGGCGGAGCUUUGGUGUUUGAUUUCUUCGAUGUAAGCCUUACUCUUCUUCUUUGGAUCUACAGACUAUCUAAGGGUCGAGUCAAAGUGUAG